AACAAAUUAAGCUGAGAAAUGAAAGGAAAGAGAGGAAACAAGUAUGUCACUGUUCCCCAAUUUUCUGUGCUUAGAGUGAAGCAUUUCGAAACAGCAAGACACAAUGCCUUCGGCUCAAGAUCCAUUCUACGUUGUCAAGCAAGAAAUUCAAGAAUCUAUUGAUAAGCUACAAUCUACGUUUCACCAAUGGGAAAAGACUGCUGAUGCUGGCGAGCGAUCCAAUCUAUCAAAGGAAGUUCUUGGUAGUUGUGAAAGCAUUGAAUGGCAGAAAGGUGGAUGAAUUGGACAAAGCAAUUUCUGUAGCCUCUAGAGAUCCUUCUUGGUAUGGCAUUGAUGAAGUGGAGGUUGAAAACCGGAGGAAGUGGACCAGUGAUGCUCGCACCCAGGUGAGCACAGCAAAGAAAGCAGUGCAAGCUGGAAAGGGCUUAAACAAUGCUAGUCUAAAUGGGAUGCACAAGGAAUUAAUGAGGCUUCCUAGUUCUCAUCAAACUACAUCUAACCAAUAUGCUGCCCAGGAUAAUGAUGAUUUCAUAGAGUCAGAAUCGGACAGGCAGAUGCUUCUUAUAAAGAGACAAGAUGAGGAGUUGGAUGAGCUUAGUUUAAGUGUACAAAGAAUAGGAGGUGUUGGACUUACUAUACAUGAAGAGCUCCUUGCACAGGAAAAGAUUAUUGAUGAACUGGGUAAUGAGAUGGACAGUACAUCUAAUCGCCUAGAUUUUGUCCAAAAAAAGGUGGCAAUGGUCAUGAAGAAGGCUAGUGCAAAGGGCCAGAUCAUGAUGAUAUUGGGUUUGCUGGUGCUGUUUAUUUUCCUCUUUAUCUUGGUUUUCUUCACCUAGUUAUUGAGACGAACCUUGUCAAUGCUCUGUUUGUACAUGGAAAAAGAUCUAAAGCUUCUGUGAAGAUACAAGAUUAUUGGGAGAUUCAAUAUGUUUAAAAAAUGAAUGGAAGCCUCUUUGGUUUGUCAAAGGCAGUAGAAAAUUUUGAUUAUGAUGAAAAGAGAAGCGAUGUACUUGGAAACUUGGAAAUAUCAGAAGAGGAUUUUGUUUCUGAACAAGAUGGAUUACAAAUGUGAUUUAAAUUAGUUGUAUUCGUUUUAAAGAUGAUUUAACCCUGCAUAUAAUGUUUGAUGUGGUUUUUUUUUUUUUUAUAACGACAGCGUGGUGUUUUGAAUUUAUACUUUCAUGACUGUACCAAAAUAGCUUAUGAUCUAUCUUCAUACAAAUCAACCCAUUAUUUACCUGCU